ACAGGUAAAUGCGAGCAGUGGCCUGGGUCACGUGCCAGGCUUUAGUCGCCAGGCAAGCCCAGGAGGACGUGGUGUUCUGCUUCUGUGUUUGUUUGGAAAGUGCCCUGGGCGUGGCAGAGGCCUUCCGUGGAGCAUUUCCAGUGGCUCCUACGCAGGGCUUCUCGCUCGCUUUGCGUGAGGAGACGCUCUGAGGUCGGCACCCCAGCCCCUUCCCCAGCCCCAGAGCCACUGGGCGCCGGCCACUCCCUGGCAGAGGGAGGGGAGUGCUUUCUGCUCUCUCUGCUGCCCGAGGGGAGGGUAGACAUGGCAUUUGAGAGCUGCUCAGAGCCCGCUUGUCCGCCAGCUUCAUGCCGUGGCCUCGCCGGCUCCGCAGGGCCAUUUCUUUCUUCUCACUCCUAAUUCUCAGGAUCCUGUGCGAGGAGCCACAGUAAACGGGCAGAACUCGCUCAGUCCCAGCACGUGUGUUUUAAAGUCAUCCUUUGAGGAAUCCCAUUUUGUGGAUGCAGUCACUGAGGUCUGGAGAGGUCAACUCUCUUGUCAAGGUCACAGAACUUGAAGGCGUCCAUGGCCUUGGGACUUUUAAGACCAAGACACACAUCCACACAAACAGGAGAAAAUCCACCUCUACCCACAAGCAAGAAACGUUUGCUGAGGACUGGACAGAAGCACCCUCCGGAGUCAAGAGCCCCAGGGGUUGCCCUCUGUGGUGUGGCCAGAAAGACGUUCCUGAUGAAUCCCACGUCGGAUCCGCCAGAGACAGCUGCUCCGUCUCAGGCUUGUUCGCGGCUUGUCCUGUGAUGGAUGCUGAAGCUGACUGCGUGGGGAAGGAGAGGAAUGAGGCGCAAGAUGAAGGAGAGAAGCAGGAGCCGGCCAAGGCCUGUGAGCAGAGCUGGGCAGCGACCAUGAGGGCUGCCACGCGGCUCUGGGUCGUGCUGCUCCUGGUGACGGCGUCCGACUGUGCGGUGAUCACCGGGGCCUGUGAGCGGGACGCCCAGUGUGGGCCGGGCACCUGCUGCGCCGUCAGCCUGUGGCUCCGAGGCCUGCGGAUGUGCACCCCGCUGGGGCGGGAAGGAGAGGCCUGCCACCCCGGCAGCCACAAGGUUCCCUUCCUCGGGAGACGCCAGCACCACGCCUGUCCCUGCCAGCCCGCCCUGCUGUGCUCCCGGCGCCCCCCCGGCAGGCACCGUUGCUCCGCGGACUUGAAGGACUUCCACUUUUAG